AUGGGUGUGGACGGCGACAACGUCCAGUUCAACGGCGGCGUCGAGUGGGGCGUGAGCGUGAGCGACGACACGUGGCGGGCGCGGACGGGCGAUUGGACCAAGUGCCUCGACGCCUACGACGCGCGCAACGGGGGUGCUGUGCACUUGUAUCCGUGCGACGGCAGCAACCUCAACCAAAAGUGGCGCUACGACCCGGCGACCAAGCAGCUCAAGCACCUCACGCACGCUGGUUUCUGCCUCGACAUGGGCUCGGAGGCCGGUACCCGCGCACACCUCUACUGGUGCGACGCCGGCAACGGCUUGCAGCGCUUUGAUGCUUCCAGUGCGUUUUUCUAG